AUGGCGUACACUUCAGAAAAAGACACUCCAGACAAUGAUGUCGAGGGUUUUCCUCAAAGACAAGACAGCGAUGCCCCACGAGGUCCUACCCAGUCCGACCUACUGGCUCGUACCCUCUCGGCGCGCCAGGUGCAAAUGAUUGCCAUUGGCGGCACAAUUGGCACAGGAUUAUUUCUGGGGACGGGAAAGUCUCUUGCUACUGGUGGUCCAGCAUCCAUUCUAAUUGCGUAUGCUAUUGUGGGUGGGAUUGUUUUUACCACUAUGUUGGCUUUGGGAGAGAUGGCGGCGUUUAUUCCCGUUGCGGGAAGUUUUUGUACUUUUGCAGGACGUUUUGUGGAUGAUGCUUUUGGAUUCGCUCUUACUUGGAAUUACUGGUUUAAUGAUGCUGUUUCUACAGCCGCGGAUCUGGUUGCUUUACAGAUCAUUCUUCAAUACUGGACCGACAACUUUCCCGGCUGGGCCCUGAGUCUUAUUUUCUGGGUUGUUCUCAUCGGAAUCAACUUGAUCUCUGUUAGAGCGUACGGAGAAGUUGAGUAUUGGCUCAGUCUGCUCAAGAUUAUCACAAUUGUGGUUUUUAUUGUCAUGGGCAUCGUUGUCAAUUGCGGUGGUAACGAGACUGGAGAGUAUAUCGGUGGAAAGAAUUGGCAUUUGCCUGAUGCACCUUUCGUAGGUGGUAUCGGUGGAUUUGCCUCUGUUUUUGUGACAGCUUCAUUUGCUUAUGGUGGAACUGAGAGUAUCGCCAUCACCGCCGGUGAAACCAAGGAUCCCACCAAAAACCUCCCUAAAGUCGUCAAAAACGUCUUCUGGCGAAUCAUCCUCUUCUACAUCCUCUCCAUUCUGCUGAUCGGUCUCAACGUCCCAUACAACUACCCCGAUCUCGACUCCAAGGAAACCCGUACUUCGCCCUUCACCAUCGUCUUCGAAAUGACGGGCGCCAAAGCUGCAGGCAGUGUCAUCAACGCUGUUAUUCUUACUAGUGUGCUCUCUGCUGGAAACCAUGCUCUUUUUGCGGGUGUCAGACUGAUGUACACUCUUGCGCUUGAGGGGCAUGCGCCUAAGGUUCUUGGAAAAUUGAACAGGAACCGAGUUCCUUGGGUUGCUGUUCUUGUUACUGGAUUUGUUGCUGGUCUUUGCUUCGGGUCUAGUUUUAUUGGAGCUGGACAGCUGUGGUCUUGGUUGCAAAAUAUCGUCGGUGUAUCAAACCAACUGAGCUGGAUCUCCAUCGGUAUCACCUCAAUCCGCUUCCGCCAAGCCCUCGAAGUCCAAGGCAAGACACACCUGCUACCCUUCAAAAACUGGACAUAUCCCUACGGACCCUGGAUCUGCGUCUUCCUCAACAGCUUCUUGGUUCUCGUCCAAGGCUGGAGCUGUUUCAGCCCUACAUUCGACGGUGUCAGUUUCGUCAGCUUCUACAUUGAGCUGCCCGUCAUGCUCAUCAUGUUUGUGGUCUGGAAGCUUGUUAAGAAGACCAAGAUCGUGAAACUGAGUGAGAUGGAUCUUGAGACGGAUGUUCAUACUGUUGAGGAGAAGGUCGUUGAGGAGACGGGGUGGAAGAGUAAGGCUAAGAAUAUUGUUACGUGGCUGUUUUAG